GAGGGGAAAGGGGAAGACAACUCUUCGCUGUAGUCUGGAUAUUUCAAACCACCACACCCGACUUCUCAAGAACUUACAUAAUACACAAGGAGAAUGGUGAAAGGAAUAAAAAAAUAUAUAACCAUUAAAUACACUUUAUUUGUCUGCUGUUACAUUUUCUGGGUAAGUUGACAAAACCGAUAUCGUUAGCAGAGACAUGCCUUGUGUAGCCCAUAUAUAUUUUACUUUUAAUGUUGACCAAUGAUGCUCUGCUAAUCUAUUUUCUCAUCAGAAUGAUAAGACUGCUGAUAGAAGUGUAUGUCAUUAACAGAUACUAUAUCACAAAAAGCCUGCUGUGUUUACUUUAAAGUUCAGUGAUUGAUUAUUCCUUGAAGUUAAUGACAGCCUGCCUACACAGAAUAUUCAAAAUGAUAGGCUACUAUAAAAGACAAAAUACAAGUUUGUAAACCCAACUGGAUGCUAUAUGACAAUUAUUUCAACAUUCCUUUCUCCAGGUAGCAAGUGCUGUUCUUAUAGCAGUAGGAAUCUACGCCAAGUUUGCCAAAGAGAAAGGUCAGUCUAAAUGUCAUAAACACACAUAUACAAUGGCAAGUACUUGUCUAGUCUCAACAACUGACACAUAUAGCCUGUUUAGUGUGAUACAUGCCGCUGAUGAGACUGUGUGUGCGUGUGUGUGUGGGGGGGGGUGUUUCCACAGAUGUUGUGGACACUUUGAUGACUGACCCAGCACUCUUGCUGAUCGUCAUUGGCGCCCUAAUGUUUAUGAUCACCUUCUUUGGGUGCUUCGGGGCAUUGCGCAAUGGAACCUGCUUACUGAAGACAGUGAGUCGCUCCUUGCUUGAGACAACAGUUUACAAUAUCACUGUGAUGAGCUAGCCAUACAUAACAUAUUGAUUACAGUACAUUGGAAAGCCAUAGAUAGAUGGUGGUGAAUAGUAGACAUGUCAUUAUCUAAACAUUGUUUAUCAUUAUAAUGAUUACAGAGAGUAAUUCAUGCAACUGUCCUGGCCUACUACAAGGUUGAAAUGUCCCUUCUGUUUCCAGUUUUCAGGGAUAUUGGUGGUAAUCCUUCUCCUACAGAUUACAGCUGCAGUGCUUGGAUUCCUGUUCACUGACAAGGUAAUGUGAGAACCCUGAAAGUCAGUUUUAUGCUGAGAAUUGUAUCCUCUGCAUAGCCAAGCGGGAUGCAAUUCUCAGCAUGCCAACAUUUAGAAUAUAAGUUUACACCCUAAUCAAAUGAAGGUACCUGUUGUUGAAUUAGAUAUAAUUGACUCAUGAAGAUGCUUUCUGAUGUUCUUUCAGGUUUUGGAGAGGACGGAGAAGCUAAUGAGAAAGGCUAUUGUUAGCUAUCGGGAGGAUUUGGACUUGGAAAAUGCUAUUGACUUCGUUCAAAAAAAGGUGAAUUACAUUGAUAAUCUUAGUCAACGUGGUUCCGAUGGCUCAAUUGGACGGAGCAUGGUGCCGGCCCUAGAAAUAUAAUUACUAAAAUUGAGGGUUUUAUUUCUUUAUAGAUUAGAUUGUAUUGGUGUCUUCGGAUAAAAUAAUCUGCUAAAUGAAAAUAUUAUUACUGGAUUAUAACAUCAUUAUCAUUAUCUAUUUAAGUACAGCACCGUUCACUAUGCUGUACAGGGGUUUAUUGAUACUAAUGCACUUGUCGGUUCUGAUUGCAGUUCCAGUGCUGCGGUGUUCACAGCUAUAAGGACUGGUCCGAUAACGUCUACUUCCAGUGCUCUGCGGAGAACCCCAGUCUGGAAGCCUGCGGAGUGCCUUUUUCCUGCUGCCUACGACUGCGCAAUGAGGUCAGACACUAACAAAUAACGUCAAAACAACACAUUCAUAAUGUACUUUUUAGCGUUUCCUUCACUCUGCUUUAUAAAGCACUACAGUAUAUAAUUGACCUCUGGGAACAACCUUUGCUAUGAUUAUGAAACGAGAAGAAAUAGUCCACAACACUAUGCACUGCAUACUGACAGAACAAUGGACAGCGGACUGCUGACUCGACUGAAAUACUUCCUGUGUCAGCAGAAUCCAUGCAAGAGCAAUGAAACACAACCUACUAUCCUAGAAUAGAAUGACGCAACUGCAGUGAAGCAACUCGAUCUAAACCUUGGGAAAAAAUGUUUAAAUCAAGUUUAUUCACUAUAAUCAACCAGUUUGCGUUGUGUCUGAAGAAUCAGGUGUGUUCGAACAGUGCCGGAACAAAAGCCUGCACACCCAAUAGCUCCCCAGGAGGAGCGUUGGCCAUUCCUGGACUUCAGUGUCUGUCCCAACAUUCAUGCUUACUAAUGUUAUAUCCACUGUAUUCCCCCAGACGGUGUUCAACACCAUGUGUGGCUAUGAGGUCCAGAGUAUGGAGGAGAGUUCAGCAGGGAGGACUGUGUACACUAACGGCUGCCUGGAUAAGGUUGUGUGGUGGGGGAAACAGAACCUCUUCCUAGUGGGGGGGAUUACUGUGGGUCUGCUCUGCCUAGAGGUAAGACAUGGCUCAGUAGUAGGAUAUUCCAAACAUAGUUGAUUCUUGAGAAGUGCAGAUCAGACAAGUACAAACCCCUUUCCAAUGUAGUGCAGUUCAGCAGUCACAAUUUAAAUACAUGUGUUACUUGCUCUGGAAAUCUAUCUGGCAACAAACAUCAAUUUAAAUCAUUAGGAAUAAAAUGUAUGCAGAAUCAGUAAGAAGAUGGUAUUUAAGCAAUAAGGCCCGAGGAGGUGCCUGGACACAGCCCUUAGCCGUGGUAUAUUGGCCAUAUAUCACAAACACCUGAGGUUCCUUAGUGCUAUUAUAAACUAGUUACCAACGUAAUUAGAGCAGUAAAAAUAAAUGUUUUGUCAUACCCGUGGUAUAGUUGUCUGAUAUAACACCCAGUUUAAGAACAAAUAUACAAUGUACACUACCAGUCAAAUGUUUGGACACACCUACUCAUUCAAGGGUUUUUCUUUAUUUUUACUAUUUUUUACAUUGUAGAAUAAUAGUGAAGACAUCAAAACUAUGAAAUAACAAAUUUGGAAUCAUUUAGUAACCCAAAAAGUGUUAAACAAUAAAUAUAUUUUAUAUUUGAGAUUCUUCAAAUAGCCACCCUUUGCCUUGAUGACAGCUUUGCACACUCUUGGCAUUCUCUCAACCAGCUUCAUGAGGUAGUCACCUGGAAUGCAUUUCAAUUAACAGGUGUGCCUUCUUAAAAGUUAAUUUGUGGAAUUUCUUUCCUUCUUAAUGUAUUUGAGCCAAUCAGUUGUGUUGUGACAAGGUAGGGGUGGUAUACAGAAGAUAGCCCUAUUUGGUAAAAUACCCAAGUCCAUAUUAUGGCAAGAACAGCUCAAAUAAGCAAAGAGAAACAACAGUCCAUCAUUACUUCAAGACAUGGAUGUUGGUCAAUACUGAACAUUUCAAGAACUUUGAACAUACUGUAUCUUCAAGUGCAGUUGCAAAAACCAUCAAGCGCUAUGAUGAAACUGGCUCUCAUGAGGACCGCCACAGGAAUGGAAGACCCAGAGUUACCUCUGCUGCAGAGGAUAAGUACAUUAGAGCUACCAGCCUCAAAAAUUGCAGCCCAAAUAAAUGCUUCACAGAGUUCAAGUAACAGACACAUCAGCAUCAACUGUUCAGAGGGGACUGGAGUCCAACUUGGAGAUUUUUGGUUCAAACCGCUGUCUUUGUGAGAUGCGGUGUGGGUGAACGGAUGAUCUCUGCAUAUCUAGUUCCCACCGUAAAGCAUGGAGGAGGUGUUAUGGUGUGGGGGCGCUUUGCUGGUAACACUGUCUGUGAUUUAUUUAGAAUUCAAGACACACUUAACCAGCAUGGCUACCACAGCAUUCUACAGCGAUACACCAUCCCAUCUGGUUUGGGCUUAGAGGGACUAUCAUUUGUUUUUCAACAGGACAAUGACCCAACACACCUCCAGGCUGUGUAAGGGCUAUUUGACCAAGAAGGAGAGUGAUGAAGUGCUGCAUCAGAUGACUUGGCCUCCACAAUCCCCCGACCUCAACCAAAUUGAGAUGGGUUGGGAUGAGUCGGACCGCAGAGUGAAGGAAAAGCAGCCAACAAGUGCUCAGCAUGUGGGAACACCUUCAAGAUUGUUGGAAAAGCAUUCCAGGUGAAGCUGGUUGAGAGAAUGCCAAGAGUGUGCAAAGCUGUCAUCAAGGCAAAGGGUGGCUAUUUGAAGAAUCUAAAAUAUAUUUGUUUUGUUUAACACUUUUUGGGUUACUACAUGAUUCCAUAUGUGUUAUUUCAUAGUUUUGAUGUCAUCACUAUUAUUCUACAAUGUAAAAAAUAGUAAAAAAUAAAGAAAAACCCUUGAAUGAGUAGGUGUAUCUAAACUUUUGACUGGUACUGUAUAUAAUUGUAUAAUGUACAUUGUAUAAUGUUUACAAUGUAUAUUUGUAGUGAAUUAUCAGCUGCAAAGGGGCCACUAAUCCACAAUUAGAUUACUAGUCCAGUCAUUUUUUAAAUCCCAUUUAAAGAUGUACUGUAUCAGUUCAAACACAUACAGCUACACAAGUCACAGAGAUAGAAACAACAAUACAGUGAUGUCUAAAUCAACAGAAACACAGUGCUUUGAAAAGGACUUGAGAAAAAUAUGAGUGAUUGUAGGCAUGUUUGUAGAGGCCAUACUUACUUCAUCAUGUACCAAGUUUUUGUUUUUGUUUCUUGCAGCUGUGUAUGAUUACUUUGGCAUCUUGCCAGGUGUCUCGCAUAAAGACGGUUCAACAGAGGACAAAACAAGAUGUUGGAAAACACCCUUCCUUGACUAGAGAAAGACUAGACAGCAAUGUUUGGUACCCUGCUUCCUGGGACUUCAAUAAGGAAUGAGAGGGUCCUCCUCUUGGUCCAUUUGAGUUGUACAUGAGCAACAACUUUGAACAGAAGUAGUCUGUACACACUGUGAAUCUAUGUACUUUCAUGUCAAAAGGUUGUUCAAGAAAGCACUGUGUGGUCCACUGUGCACAUAGACGUUGCCUUGAUUUUUGUAUGUGUUAUUAAAACUGUGAUUCUGAUCAACGCUGGGUUUUUCAUUGCAAGCUGGAAAGCAAAGUCAUUAACUAUUAAAUAUAUAAUUUCCAAC